UACUACACGCACGACACACAGUCACGCAAAGCGAAGCGAAGGAAGAACGCAGACUCUCAGGCGCCGGAAAAUGGGUUUAUUGGGCGGGCGAUGGGGGACUGCGGUGGCGGUGAUUACUCUGGCCGCGGCGGUGGUCAUGAGGAAGCAGCUUGGCGAGCAAUUAGGAUGGGAUAACUCCGCCAUGAUGCAAUGGCUGAAAGAAAUGUCCGAUCGGCUAGGGCAUUGGGCGAUCCCCGCCUACGUCGGACUUCACACGAUCACCUUGGCGCUUUGCCUCCCCUACGCCGUCUUCUUCGAGGCCGGCGCUUCGAUGCUCUUCGGAUUUUUGCCGGCGCUUCUGUGCGUCUUCACGGCUAAAAUCCUCGGCGCCUCUCUCUCCUUCUGGAUCGGCAGAUUUAUCUUUCGAAGUUAUGGCUCUGCAGCUGAAAGGAUUCAGAAAAAUAAAUACUUUAACAUGUUGUCAAGGGGAGUUGAGCGUGACGGUUGGAAAUUUGUUCUUCUUGCUCGAUUCUCACCUGUACCAUCCUAUGUCAUAAACUAUGCAUUGGCUGCUACUAAGGUUGGCUUCCUCGUUGAUUUCUUACUUCCAACUGUCAUUGGGUGCAUGCCCAUGAUCUUGCAGAACACCUCAAUCGGCAGCCUUGCCAGUGCUGCCGUAGGUUCAGCAUCCGGCUCCCAGAAGUCUCAGGUUUGGUCAUAUUUAUUUCCCCUUCUCGGGAUCUCAUCUAGUGUUCUUAUAUCAUUGAGGAUAAAAAAGUAUUCAACUGAUAUCCUAACUGACGAUUCUCCUGCUACCGUAUCUGAGCCCUCCGAUGCUCAGGCAUCAAGUCAAGAGCCAGUCAAUAGUAAAAGUAAGGCUUUGAAGGGAAAAUAAACGCAUUUUAAGCUGAAGUUCAUGUGCAAUAUUUAGCUACACCCAAUUUUACUUGGCCACUCUCUGUCGAUUAUGAUCAGCCAGUCUAGAGUUGAUUUUGACAUGAAUAUAUAUACUCGAAUGCUGCUAUGAAAUUCGUAGAAGAAGAAAAGAUACAGCGACCCUGUAACUGAACUCAAAUCGACGUAUCUUAUAAAUGAGUCUAUAUAUUCGAGUUGACAUUUGAAGGUUUAGGCUUUUGUACUUGUACUAUGUGUUAUUUAAAGAAAUGGAAUUAUGUGUUCUGGAACA